AUGGCGAAGGGUAAAGGUAAGAACAAGAGCCGUGGGGACGAAACCUCGAGGGGCAGUCACAAGGGCUCGAACGGUCACAGCAGUCGAUUGAACCAUAAGCGCAUGGAGUUGAGGCAGCACGACGGUGUGAAAGGUACCAAAUUCCCAGUAAAGAUGGCCAUGUGGGAUUUUGAUCAUUGCGAUCCUAAGAGGUGUAGUGGGAAGAAAUUGGAGCGGCUUGGAUUGAUCACCUCUUUGAAAGUCGGACAGAAGUUUCAAGGUAUCGUAGUAUCGCCGAACGGACAAGGUGUUGUUUGCCCUGAUGACAGAGCGAUUGUAGAAGAAUUUGGGGCCUCUGUGGUAGAGUGUUCUUGGGCGAGACUAGAUGAGGUUCCCUUUAACCGUAUCGGUGGGAAGCACGAGAGACUGCUACCGUAUCUGGUUGCUGCUAACCAAGUCAAUUAUGGUAGACCUUGGAGGCUUAACUGUGUUGAAGCCCUGGCCGCGUGUUUUGCCAUUGUUGGAAGAAUGGAUCUGGCUUCUGACCUUUUAUCCAACUUCUCCUGGGGGCUAGGGUUUUUGGAACUAAACAAAGAGCUUUUGGAAGUUUAUCAGAAGUGCACAGAUCACGAAUCUGUUAAGAAGGCUGAAGAGGAUUGGUUAAACAAGAUUGAGGAGGAGGCACAACAGCGUAAAAAUGAGGCAAGAGACGGCGAUAUAUGGAUGAUGGGAAAUGUCAACAGAAACAUGAACAAAAUGACAUUGAGCGAUGAGGAGUCCGACGAAGAAGAGACAGAGGCUAGCUCCAUUAGAUACGAUAACCUGGGGAACGCAAUUAUAGACGAGAGUGACGAAGAAGAGCCAGAAAUUAGUUCCAUUAGAUACGAUAACUUGGGGAACGUAAUAGUAGAUGAGAGUGAUGAAGAAGCGUCUUCGUCUACAUAA